GAGUAAAGAGGGAGGAGAGAUUUAUCCAACAGCGCUGGUAAGACAGAAGUUUCAUCUUUGCGCUUCACACACAACCAGGACAGAAGAUUACACACACACACACAUGCAUACAGGUAAAAUGCUGCUCCCGACGAGCAUUCUGAUUGGCCUGCUGUGCCUGAGCCAUGCGGGCGGAGCGUGGGGUUUCGCCCGUUUGCAGGAUGACGUGGAGCUACGCUCGGCUUUCUCAGUUGCACGCACCAACAGCAUGGAGGGUGGACCCAAGAUGACCGUGACCUUUGACGCUAUUUAUGUCAACAUCGGCGGGGAUUUUGACCCCAAGGCCGGCUUGUUCCGCUGUCGCAUCACAGGAGCCUACUACUUCUCCUUCACAGUGGGGAAGUUUCCACACAAAGACCUGUCGGUGAUGCUGAUGAAGAACAGGAACGAGGUGCAGGCCAUCGUGUACGAGGAAAACGCUGGAGAGGAGAGGAAGGUGCAGAGCCAGAGCGUCAUGCUGCAGCUGGAGUUCGGGGACACCGUCUGGCUCCGUCUCCAUGGUGACCCUCGCUAUGCGCUUUACAGCAACACGGGACACUACACCACUUUCAACGGUUACCUUGUCUACCCUGAUACCUACGGCUUCCAGACAGCCCCCCACCAACACCAUCCUGCCCUCGACUCCCAGCAGCCCCAGAAAGAAAACAACCCCCUGUUGAAUAGCAACCAGGCCACAGAGCACGUCACGGUGGUGGAGGAGGAGAAGGAGCUCCAACAUCGGGAAGAAGAAGAAGAGGAAGAGGAUGACGACCAAGAGGACGACCAGAGAUCUGCUUUCUCGGUGGGGCGCACCCAGAGCAUCGUGGGAGUCGACCAAGUGGGAAUGCCGCAGCACCAGCCGGUCAGUUUCGACACAGCGUUCGUCAACAUCGGAGAAGACUUUAACGUGACGGAGGGGGUGUUCACUUGCCGCGUUCCUGGAGCGUACUACUUCUCCUUCAAUGUGGGCAAGCUGCCGCAGAAGACGCUGUCCGUCAAGCUGAUGAAGAACCACCUAGAGGUGCAGGCGAUGAUCUACGACGACAGCCAGGGCGAGAAGGCUCUGCAGAGUCAGAGCUUGAUGCUGUCGCUGAAACCAGGAGACACCGUCUGGCUGUACUCGCACCAGAGAGAUGGCUUUGGGGCCUACAGCAACCACGCCAAGUACAUCACUUUCACUGGCUUCCUGGUUUAUCCAGACUUCCACAACACCACCACCACCAGCCAAUCAUAUGCAGACAAGAAACCCUAGCUGCAGCACAUGGGCUAGGUAAUGAACAUUGUGGGGAGAAUUCAUGCAAAGUGGAAAAGUCUCACAAGAGGCGUUGGGCAGUUUGUGGGUUGUGUGCCGAGUGGAGAAUGCUCGUCGUUGUCUUUGACGCUUCCCCUUCAUAUGAAUUCCUUCACAAAGUCACAGGGACCUUGGACUGAGCGCAGAGCUUAAAUUAAAAUCUCUUCAAUUUUCAGCUAAUGGCUUCACAGGAAAUGACUUCAUCACACUCACAUGUGGAACAUUGAAUGACAGUAAUGUGAACUCUAAUUGAAUAUUUCACUCUACAAUGAAAACUACCGUCCUUACCUGCUCACCUCUGUGUCAGCCGAACUCUUGUUUAAGGCUGUGCAACCAUCACAUGGUACUUCCAUGUCAUUGUCAUUUGUCGCAGCUGAAAAAAAAAAUGAUUGUUUGUCCACCGUUAGUGCUCUGUGAACUAGAAAGGCACUCGGGGUGCGCAGAUCUCUGCCAAGGCUGUUUUCAUAAGAGAAAAAUAAUGCGUUUAGUCGGCCCAUGAUUUGGAUCCGCUCCAAAAUUUAAUGGGUUUUUCCAUGGCACAUUCUGCACAUGAGCCAUUAGUUUUUCUUAUUCCUGCUGACAAAUAAACAAACAAAAACAAAACCCUAACCUCCUUGGUGGAGGAACUGAUUAAUGGUGGGUGACAAAUCCUCAUGUGGAGGAAAUUUGGUUUCGUCUCCCAUUGAAAUUAAAACGAAAUGGCAAUUGGUGAUUAAUUAAAUUUGAUGCACAUUUGAUGCUCUUUUAAAACUAGAAGCCAGACUCAUUAACUGCAGUUGUUGUAUGAGGAGUUUAGUCAUCCUACAUACUGUACAUGAAGGUGAGGAGGUGAUCGCAUACGUUUCAUUUUGAAGUUAAAUAUUCCUGUAAGUGCAUUUGUUAUCCUCGUCAAAGACUUGGUGUUUCUGCUUGUAUGUAAAACGUCUCUUUACUUUCUUGUCUUAAGAGGCAUGUGAAACUGAUGAAAAUGAGUCUCUCUUUUUUCAUUUUGGAGUGUUUCUCGCACCGAUACUCAGCCACAGCGGGAGCAGAGGACAACAGGAUGAAACUGACAGUUCUGAUAAAGCGUAUCCAUUCUGUGCCCAACUGUUGACCACAUGCCACCUCUGGGCCUGCGGGGAUCUGGACCAUAAUUUGAUUUCUAAUUCUAGCAGCAUUUUAAUUCAUUUCUUCAGAUGGCGACCACUGUGGGGAAAAUUGAACAGCUUCUACCAGGCCACUGUAAUAUGCAUGUCUAUUUAAUUUCACACCGCCGGGAGAAAGGUGAUGCUGUUCAAAUUGUGAUGAACCUUGACUUCAGGAAAUCACCUUCUCUGUUGGAGAGGCACCAUGGGAAGUAAUACUUUGCUGUGAUUGAACAUUUACAUUUUCUUCUAUAGUAAACUAGAGGUGAAUUUCUGAGAAGUGAAGUGAAUCACUGCUUUAAACUAUGGGUUUAAACAUACCAGUGUACUGCAAGUAGGCCAAUAUAUUAAAGUUUCAAAUGUAUAUAAAAAAGGAUUCAACAGCAAGAGAGCACACUAAUAUCAGUUUUCAGAAUUCAAAUGAUAAGAUAUUGAUCUAAAUGUUUUACGUUGGUUCAUCUGAUUUCUGCUGCCUCAAUACAAUAGAAGUGAAAAGAGUUUUGUGUGGUGCUCAAAGCAUUGACAAAUAUCUUUUAACAUCGCACUAACCAACAUUGUUGUGUUAACAAUGGACCAAAGUUUAAACACUCAGAAUCUUACUGCUUUGGUUUAAUCUCGCUGCUCUUUCCAGUCAAAGAAAAUAAAAAAUAACACAAAAUGACAGACACAUUUAGAGAAUAGUUGGACAACAUAGUGGGGCAUUUGGCAGGUAAAGAGCCAGAGAUUUUUCUCAGGAGUUGGUGGAGACCAAAAACAGAGCAUAAAGCAGACAUUAGAUUUACAUCCAUCACAUGAACUAAAGCACAGCUCAAAAUUAAUAAUAAUGUUGCUCCAUGUCUGCUGUAUGUGCAAAAUAAGCAACCAUUUGCUAACAUAACGAGAUGAUAGCCACAUAUUUUCGUGUCAAUGUUGUGUUUAGAGCUUGUUCGGUUGGCACCAAGUGACAAAAAAUGUUUUACUGCAGCGGGAAGGCGAGCGAAAAAUUAAUCUAAGGGGUCAUAAGAAGAUCACAAACAUAGGAAAGAGAAGAUGUUUUGAUUAUUUUCUUUUCUCACAUUAAAUACAGAAGACUUUUACCUCUUCAGACCUUUACAAUUUAAAAAAUCUGAGAAGGCUACAUCACUCUGGUUUAACGGCUCACCUGUCCUCUACUUGGGGUCAGGAUAAAUCUGAGGGGUCACACAAUGAUUAAUAGUAUAAAAAAGAAAAGGAAAAGUCACCCUUAUGUCCAUACUGAGGUCAUAACCUGUGAAGAGGGGGGGGUCACAAGUAGACAUUUUAAAGGGUCACAAGCCAAAAAGUCUGGACAUCACUUCCCCAAGGACCUCUGCUGACUUUGGAAACCACUGAGCUGGUUCAUCAACUCACAUGAAAAAAAGCUUUGGGGUUGGUGAAAAGCAAUACUGUACUCUUGUCUGUAAACAAUCCCUCUAAAGAAGUGCAUUCAGACUGUUGCACUACAGCAAAGCACAGCAUUAAAAUAAACGUUUCUCUCCAUAUAUUUACACUGAAAUAUCUCAAAUAGAACGCCAUCGAGACAAACCUUAAAAUGGGACUUCCCUGUGCAGUCCGAGCUGUGAAAAGCUGAAUUUGCUUUCAAGUCAGAGGAGUCUUCACCUUGCAGCAAUCUCUUUAGCACCGGGGGAAUUGCCUCACACCUCCUCUGAAAACUAAUAAGAGACAGCGAGUCUCCGGCGGCUUCACACUCUCACCAGGCCUGUCUGCACAACAGGGUUACUAAUCGACAAUUUCCUGUCCUGUACAGCUGCACUAACUUCUCAGAAAGUGACACCAUUUUGGACAAUGAGAUGCAAUUUUAUUUUCACAAUAUUCAAUUGUACUGUGAGGGUGCCUCAUUUCAGAUAAUAAUGCAUUCUGUCACAUUCUGACCCUUCUCUAUUUCAGCCUCAGUAAGAGUUCAGUACCCAAGUUUGGACCUACGGCUGCUUCACUUUUAUUUUAAGACAGACCUGACCCAGUUCAGUAAAUCAUGAUCAGAAUGUGUGGUGUGUAAACUGACUUGAGCAUAACUCAUCUGAAGCACUUGUGUGAUGCAUGCAUGUAACUGAAAAUACAAUGAAUUAAAAAAAGAAACUCAUGACCUGCUGAGCAGCUUCACAGGCCCAGUCGACGCCUGUUAACUGUGUAUUUUUAUUCAGUGAAUUAUCUGUACAGUAACUGACAAUAUGUUGGAUGUUUCUGGUCUGGGUUUCUUUCUUUUGGAUAAUCCUGAUGGAUCUUCGUGUAGGAACUAUGUCCAGCAGACAUGAGUCAAAAUGUGGUUGAAAAGGAUCCAAAAUUAGCACUUCUGUGUCCCAAAAGCACAAAUCCAAACAUGAGGAAUAAAAGAAAAGAAAAGAAUAUUUUAAAAAACGUCUUGACUCAUGUCUUGUUUUCAGUUGUCUGGCCCAUGUUGACUCUUUGAAAUGUUUUGAGUAUUUCUUACAUGUAAAAUGAAUGCUUCAGUGAAAAUGUUUGACAAAAUAAAAAAGAAACAAUGUACAACUUUAA